UCCAAUAACGGAAAGUUUGAGCCAAAAACUGUGUUGUCCAACAUUUGUGCCAAAGAGCGAUUACAGCGACCAGUCAGGUUGAAGCAGUCGUUUCUGAUAAAGAUGGCAAGAAGAUCUGUUUUUCAAGCUCUGCUGCUGUCGUUUUUACUGGAACAUGUUAGCUGCCUGAAGUGCUUCUCAAACUACCCUCCAUAUUUCGCCGGUGAUUUCAUGGAAGCCCAGGACUGCCCGGGAGCCACUAUAAGAAAUUCAACCCUUAGCGACCAGAGGCUGGUUUGCUGUAUCUUUGAUACUGCACUUGCCCCAUCAGUCCCAGAAAAUAUCAAUGUGUCUUUGGAAACGUAUCUUAACAUGGUGGGAGACACCGCAAGGACGAGAGCAUUGUUUCCGUUUUACAUGGAAGCGUUGGAUAUUGCUGGGAUAACGAGUAAACAUGAAAUAGCAGCCUUUACUGCUCAAAUCUUGCAUCAAACAUCAGGAAUGUUAUAUUCAGAAGAAAAUUCCGAUGGAAAGAAGUAUAGAGGAAAGGAAAGCUUGGGAAAUACCCAAGCAUCUGAUGCCCGCAAAUACAUAAGUCGAGGAUUCCUUCCUCUAAUUGGAAAAUACAUGUACCAACUUUUGAAAACUUCACUCGAUAUAGAAAUCACACAACAGCCGGAAAUGGUUGCGUUGCCUUCUGUAGGAUUUAAGGUUGCGGCAUGGAUUUGGUUGAAUGGCUAUGGCUCUGCUGAUAACAGCAGCUCGCCCACCGGAAAUUUAAGAAAAUUCUGGAAUGGAACCGAAUACAGCUUUGCAGAGUUAUCCAUGAAAAUUCAGCAAAAUAACAAUAGGAUGGAAAAUCUAUUCUCAUUCUGGAGGCAUGUACUCAAGGUACUUGGUAUUCCAUGUCCGCCGGAAGGGAGCGGACCAAGAUGUUCACUAGACAAUAGAAAUGGCCGGUGCAAAUUAGUAAAAAGCUGUAAGGGUGAAUAUUCUGCAAGUGGUUGUCUUACACCGUCGCCUAUCACGUGUUGUCUGGAUUGUCAAAAUCCGAUCGAUUUGGUAUUUGUAUUGGAUUCUUCUACUAGCGUCCAGCCUACAAAUUUUCAAAUUGGACUCCAGUUCAUCAUAAAGGUCUGUCAGUAUUUCGACAUCUCUUAUCCUCUUGGCACCCGAGUGGCUGUUAUCACAUACAACCAAUUACCAAACAUAACAUUUCACUUAAACACCUUCAUCAGAAAGCAAGACGUCUUAAAUGCAAUAGCAGCAAUACAAUACCAGAGUGGUGGCACACGCACUGACUUAGCGCUCUCAGAAGCCUACACUAACCUGUUUGAAAACCCCGAGAAUGGUGUGAGACCCAAAGAAUUGGGUGUGCCAAGAGUCCUCGUUCUUCUCACUGACGGGAAAACUUCCUCGGGGACUGACAGCAUAAUCCGGCCCUCUAACUUGCUCCGAGAGGAAGGAGUUAACAUCUUUGUGAUAGGGAUUGGCCAAAACAUAAACAAGAAUGAGUUGGACAUUAUUGCCAGUGAUCCAGACUCUGAUCAUGUUGUUCUUCCCGAGUCAUUUGACGAGAUUAACACUUUGGUAGAAAACAUUCAAGAAGCUUCGUGUUAUGAGCCCGCAUUGCUCGAGGAAGGAAGAGAAAUUGGGUCAAGUGUCAACGAAAAUGCAGUAAGAUAUUUCAAAUAUGACUUAUUCAACAAGACGAGAAUAAAAACCGUAUUUUUACAGACAACACUUGGUCAAGCCGAUAUUGCAGUUUCAACAAGCAACAGGAAUCCACGAAACAAUCGCAUUAACCUUGGAUCGUGUGAACCGCAUGAACAAAACAAACUUUCCGCUGGAAGUAGCUUCUGGGAAUUAGAAGAGCUUCAAAAUGACACUUUUUGUAAUGCUACCUCCGACGGAGGCUGUACCAAGCCUCGUUUUGUUUCAAAGGAUGAGUUCAUUGAAGAAGGAAUGGUCAUUUAUGUGAAGAUGUGCUCCAGCAGAUGGUUUUAUGUUUCAUUAGAAGGAAUCAACACGAACAAUGAGUUUAAUUUGACGCUGUUUGAGGAUCUUAUUAGAACAAACAAAAGAUUGAAUAACACAGUAGACACUCCAAGAAGUGAUACUACUUUCCCCAUUCCCAAGAGGGUCUACGCUGGAGCAGUUGCAGCAACCAUAGGAACAGCAGCGACGGUUGCUGCUGUUGUCACAUUGUCUUGCGCUAAGGAAUUUGAAGUCAAAAGUUCAGCAAAAAUUAAAAAGAAAAAGAGGAAAGAAUGCGAGAGCACGACAGACAGCAACUGUAAUUCAACCAUUAAUAAAGGGUUUCAAGAAGAUGAAGAAAUACAGCCAAGCAAUAAAAAUCGCGGUUCCAGUCUUACUCCUUUAAAGGAAAAAGACGGUCUACAAAGUAAUUCCUGUAGAAAAUCCUUAAAGAAAGAAACAGCUAUUGAAGUAACAAAACCAGAGAAUUUGAAACGCAGUAAUUAUCAAAUUAAAGAGCAAGGAAAAAGCUGCGUUGUCGAAAUGCGAGACGAACAGCUGAUACAACAGGAUUCGUCAUGCGUAAACGAGGAUCCGCGCAUGCGUAAAGUCAGUCUGGUUUCUUCCAUGAUUUAUGAUUUACAAAGAGAAGACACAUUUACAGGGAAAACAGUGACAUCAACAUUUCAGAGAAAGGGUGAUUCCCAACGAUGGAAUGAAUCGCGAUUAGAAAGACAAGUUAUAAGUACAAACGUUUCAGUGUCUGUGUUCCAAUCAAAAUGUCAAGAGAGAAAGGUACAAAAUGACCAAGAUAAGGUCAGAAAAAUGGGUUUGGAUACUAUGAAACGAAACUGUGACUUGUUAUUAACAGGCAUAGGCGGUACAGGACAGGCCAAAGCCAAGGGAAAAGAGCUAGUUACAGAAAAACGGUUGAAAGACCAAAGUAAAUAUUCGGAUAAUGCCCUUAAAGUUGAUACCAAUGGACCUAUCGCUGAUGAAGGCUCAAUACAACAUUCCAAAAAGUCAAAACUUAUUCAAGAAACGGACUCAGAGACAAGAACAACCUGUUGUUUUCAGUGGCAACCAUCUAUAUCGCACAACAAAGUUAAGAAGACGUCCACUAAAGCUAAGGCCAAAGAUCUUUCCGAAUUAGAAAAAAACCAAAGACAAGAAACGGCAGAAGAUGAAACUGAAGUACAUGUACGGAACGGCGAGAAAGAGAAAGUCAGUCUCCUGGUCCGGUUAAAAUCGAAACUUACUAAGCGUAAAAUCUUAGCGGUUAUGUGUCCUUGCUUUACUUAUCUCAUACUAAAAGGUGAAACUAAGGAAAAAGUAGCAGUCGACGGAAAGAGGCAAGAUUAUAUUCAUCGCCAAGAAAUGAGGAACGGUCGUUUUGAGCGGGAUAUGCAGAUGAGUCAAACGUUUUGUGUGUUAAUAUCGCAACUUCUGUUUAUGCUUGGAGCAGAUGCAAAGGACUACAAGAUUGCUUGUGCAGUUGUAGCCAUCACCAUGAACUACCUUUCUCUUGUGACUCUUUGUUGGUUAAUUGUUCAGGCUCUCUACCUGUUCAACUUCACAAGGGCACGUGAAAGCGGAGAAAAACAGUACAUGAAAAUUAAACUCUAUUUCGCGGGAGCAUGGGGUUUACCACUAUUUGCUGUAUUUUUCCUUGUUUCGAAGUACGAGACAUACCACAAGCAUCCACAUUGUUGGAUUUCAUUCGCUGAUAUUUCAAGCUGGUCAGUAGCGACGCCCAUGAUUACGUUGGGAAUGGUACAAGUCAUACUAAUCAUUUUAUUGGCCAAGGCUUUAGUCACUUAUCGUAAAUCCGAUUCGACCGUGGAAAAUGAAUACAAGAAAAGCAUCAUCAAGUCUGGAAUUCAAACUGUGGUUUGCAUAACAGUCUCAGUUGUUCUAACUUGGCUUCUGGGUUCAUUGUCUUUGAACAUCGAUCGAGGUGUCUACCACACCUUUUUCUCCAUAUUCAACGCGAUACAGGGUGUUGCUUUCUUCCUGUUUUAUGUUCUCUUAAAUGCAGAGGUUCGCCAACUCAUUCUCUCUGCAUGGGAAUGGAAGAACUCUUCCGUAGUAACACCCUUUGAUGAUCAUGAGGCCAUUGAAAUCGAAGAAGAAAAGGAAAAAGACAAAAAGAAAGGAAAAAACGAACCUGUGGGCAAAGAAAACAAUGCAAAAGACGAAAAACAAACGAAACAGGAGAACAAACCGAAUGAGAUUGGCUUGACCACCAUACAAAAGGUGCCCGAAGCAAAGAAGGCAGCAUCUUCCCUGGCCACCAACACCAAGACCAACAACAAAGGAAAUGCUUCUGGUGCCAAAUCAGAUGUUCAGGGAAAAAUACGAAAAUAUGAGGACCUGACUUGUACCACCUCUGAGAAUGGAUCACCCAGGAAACUGCGCCCUAUAGAGCCAAACAAGAAAACCACCUCUACGAUAAAAGCGGCAGAACAAAAACGAAAGAAAUUCGUUGAAGAUCCAUUGCCUAAACAAAAGAUUGCAGAUGCUCCUACUUCACCAAAUAAUAAAAAGCCUCGUUUACCAGCACUAGGAUCUCAUCCAUUGCGGACACCCGCACCUGCUGGGAAUAAAAAAUGGGGCAAAGUUUGAAAUGAAAGAUGAUCUUCCCAUUGCAGCACUCAGUUUUCCACCACCAAACUCUCGAACCAGGCGAUCGCAACCAGCACGCAGCCCCAUCACGUCUCAGAAAAGUCAAAAACAAGUGGGAAAUAAGAGAACAACAAAAGGCAAAAAAUCCUGUAUAGCACUGAAUUAGACUUCAUACCUUCUAUUGUGAAGGUCGUAAAGGAGGCAAGGAGAAGGAAGUUGCAUGACAACAUGAUUUCGUAAGAAAAGUGAGAUUUCAACCAAUGGUACAAGAGAGCUCUUAAGAAAUCGGGAUUGGGUUCUAAGAGACAGAUCCCAGAGGGAAACAAAUUAGCAAUGAGAAAAAACUUACAAUCGAAAAAAUAAAAAACCAACGGGCUCAUUGGUGGCUGUAUUACAGUAAACGGGAAGUUUCGGGUGGCUAAAGAAAUGUCUCGUGGGAGAGUAUUAAUUGCGGUUUUCACCGAGCUGUGUUUUGGCUGAACCAUGCUGCCUCCUGUAACUUGGCUCGAUUAUGUUUUUCGCUGUAGACGAAAACAGCGCGAAUUCUCCUCGCGUCGUACUUUGACAGAAGUUUGCGGACCAAAGAUCAAAACGACUUUUACCAAUUGUCUGUAAUUAACGAAGAUGUGAACAAAGAAUGGAAACACUGUCAGUAAACAAGGCAUGAUUCCAAAUACGAGCGAAAUAGAAUCUUCGAUCUCA